AUGUUCGGCAGUAUCAGGGCAUCGACUUCGUCACUGGAAACCUUAGAGGAUUCUCCCUCCAAGAUUCUCAAAGAUGACUCCUUCUCCAUCUACGAACCUAAAGAAAAUUACGAAAUGUUUAGUUUUUGCGUGUUUAGAUCCAGUAUGAAGGACAAUUACCUGAUUGUGCACACUCCAUACCACUCUUUGGUUUGGAGCGUGAGUGUUUGUCUAUAUGACUUGACGAAUUUCUUGUUAAAUUGUCUUCACUCCGAUUCAGAGGCUACUCUCAUGAAGUUAAAGAUUGGUGCGCGAAUCGAUACAAGUGAGGUUAUGGACGAUUCUUCAGUUAGUUCACCUUGUGCUAAAGAAGUAAAUCAGCCAGAUGUUAAUCCAGAAAGCACUUCGUGCUCCGAGACAACGAUGAUGGACAGAGAGUCUGAAAACUCUUCGCCUACGGUUACUGACCAUGUUUCUAGUGGGAAAUCAGAUCAGCGAAGACAAUUUAAUCUUUCUAUUUUAAAUUUCUUCAAAUUUUUAGAUACCGGACAUGCCUGUUCAUCAUCUUCUGCAGAGACAACAACUUCAACGGAGAAUGGAAGUACUGAAUCUAUCUCGUCAACUUCUGUUGAAUCUGAUUACAGAAGUGAAGUGGACGGCGUUCAAAUUUUGCAGGAUUGUGAAAUGUCAGAUUAA